CUUCUGUAGCGUUUUACCCAUUCGUUUAAUCCCUUAGUCGUGCUGUGAUUUUGGCAUAACCAGGUGUGACGACUUCCCGCCCUGGUUUGGGAACAAACAGUAUGGAUAUCCAGGCGCUUUUACCAGUUUUACAAGCUUGCCUAAGCCAUGAUCAGAACCACGUAAAAGAGGCAGAGCGGGUGCUUAAGCAGCAUGAGCAGGUGCCAGGACAGGCCGUGCAGCUGCUGCGCGUGGCAGCAGAGGAAUCAGUGGAUGCGGGAGUUCGGCAUAUGGCGGCCAUCAACUUUAAAAACUUUGUUAAGCGUAGCUGGGAGAAGCCAAACUCGCACGAGUCCUCCCAAGGCCCCAGCACGGACUACCUGAUCCCUGAUGCGGACAAGGAGGUGGUGCGGCAAAACAUCCUGGAGGCCAUGAUCAGGGCCCCCCAUGCCAUCC